AACACAUUCAGUUGCUCGCGUGCAGGCACUCGGCAAGGUCGCACUUGUGAGGCUCUCUCGUGUUCAAAGCGUUCUUUUGGCCAGUUGGCCCUUAACUUAAUUAUAUUAAAAAAUCGAAAACUAAAAGAUGGGGACUGCUAUUCGCUUCACCCUGAUCUUUGCCAUUUCGUAUUUCGCUAGUACAUUUUCGAAUGCAUCCGAAGACGUAGAAUUGAAGGACCCAACUCUAGUGGCAAUUUCCGUCUUCGCAGCCAACACUAUUUUGAAAGAUGCAGAAACAUAUGGCAUUCAGAAUACAUCGUCACUUCAUAAAAUUAUGGAUGCACAUAUUGUUCCAGGUUCCCAACCUUCGCCAACACAAUAUAUGCUCACUAUAGAGCUUGGAAAUAAUUGCACCAAUAACGAAGAAACUUGCACUGGAGAAAAGCAUAUUUGUGAAGUAAUUGUCCUUGAUGCACCUUGGAAUGAAAAGCGGAUUCUUGAUGAGGACAAAACAAAAUGUGCUGAUAGAGAACCAAACAGUCCUCCAGAGUUCAUAGAUAGUAGCACAAUUGCUACAUCACUAGUAUUGGAGGAUGCAGCUACCAAAGCACUAGCUGAAAAGGCUGUAUCUCAAAUGGGAGAGCGUCGAGGAGGGAAACAUACCUUGAAACAUAUUGGUCAUGCGAGAAAAGUUACUGUGGAAGAAACUAACAGCAGCUUGUACUAUUUGACUUUGUACAUAUCAACAACAAAUGAAGAUGUGAUAAAUGAGGCUUGUGAAGUCACCAUGGAAGAAGCUCUGUCCACUUCUGAGCAAAUUCUUCAAUCUCUUAGAUGUUUUACCACUGGAGAUAACGAAGGAGCUGACAAGUUUGGCAUCACACGCGUCCCGGCUGAGGAAUUAACCACAAGCUUGAUUCGCCACGCUGUUCUUGCCUCGUUGGCUAUCAUUGAUGCAGAAUCCGUUUCCGCAUUCCAGUUUAAAGUUAUUGGCUACUUGUUAGCUGAUUCCCGUGUUUCAGUAGACAGUGGAACUAGAGAUCUUGAUUUAAAGUUAGGGUUGGUACCCACCCUCUGCAUUAAGCGCCCUGAAGAAGAGAACGAAGACGAAAGUAAAUCUUGCACCAUUGACCAAGAGCGAGAUCCAUCUGUUUGCUCCAUUACACUCACGCAGUGGCCUUGGGUUUCUGAUGGGUAUCUCUUCUCCGAUUUUGACUGUGAACCGACUACUUAUGCGGCCAUUGCAGAAGAAUUAGAGGCUUACGCGGAUGAAGAUGUAGCAUCAGAAGAAGAGGGGGCUGAAGUAGAAGAAGUCAGUAGUAAUGCAGUCCAAUUGGCCAGCAGAAGAGAAAAUGUGGAAGAAGCUGUGGAAGGAGUGACGGAGGAAGAAGGAAUUCUAGGUGCUGAAGAAGAGGUUUUUGUUGCUCGCAGUUCACCCUGUUUGGGUUGUCCGUCCAAUAUUGACGUUAACUCAACUGAAGUCAAAGAUUUGGCGAAUUUUGCGUUAAGCGCUCUAGAAAACGCUGCUAAUAGCGAUAAAAUUCAGAGCGUUGUUCGCAUCGAAAAAGCUACUAGUCAAGUUGUCAGUGGUAGCUUGUACGUGUUGACAAUUGAACUAGUCGAUACGAAUUGCCUCCGAAGUGAGAACGCUGACCGCUCGAAAUGCCAGCCUAAUCUAACCGAGGGAACUCGUCGCAUGUGCACAGUUGGCAUCUGGGAUCAACCUUGGCUCAAUUCUAAACAAAUCCGUGAACCUCAGUGUGUUUCUCCUAGCUUAACAGUCGUCAGGCGUUCUAUCAAAGAUGAAAGCGACGUAAAAACUGGAAGAAGUCUUACUCCAAUCUCGCCCGACGAUGAGGAAGCAAAGGAUAUUGCAGCAUUUGCGCUCAAUCGACUCGAUUCGUUCGAUGAUAACUCCAAAAAGCGUAUUUUAGUUACAGUCGUUGAGGGGACCUCCAGUACUGAGGGUAGGUCAAAAACCUUCAAAAUGAAAAUUCAUGUUGCCUUGGCGGAUUGUCCUGAAGGAAGCAGCGCAAACAAUGAAGCUUGUUUCGCUAGUCUCUCAGGAAAUCCCCAGCACUAUCUUUGCGACAUUCAAGUGCUAGUUCCGAUGCGGGACAGCAGAUUUGUGCAGCGCCGUUUGGUGAAUUCGAGAUGCUUCCCGAUCAAGCCCCAUGAAACGAGCGAAACUGAUAAAAGUAAAGACUUUGCCGGAGUAGAUUCCACUCAACAUGUGCCGCAGCGGAACAUUGUGACUGACGAACAUGACGCAAACGACAAGACUAGCCCCUACAUUAAAUCCGUAGCAGACUUUGUUACAAAAACCAUCAGCCAGAGGAGCAACGGAAACGUCCUUAAUCUUGUUCGCAUUAUUCGAGCUGACACACAACUAGUAGCCGGCAAGAAAGUCACUUUGGACGUUGAGGUCGGCUUCACCAACUGCACCAAAGCCGACGGCGCCGGGACCCAUUGCCAGCUCGAAAACUCGCAGUCAAACGUGAUAUGUCACGUUAUUGUCUGGGAUCGAGCCUGGCUUAAUGAUCGACGAGUUACCAACAUGACUUGUGACUCGCUAUCUCUGUCUUCUACAAAUCAAGAGGAUACAAUUUCCAUUGCCUCAGAAAUGCCGGCUCCCGUGGAUAGCCUGGGUUCAUCUCCGUCGUCCAUCGUUGGAGGCCAUGGCCAGGCCGAUACCAUGUCAACCGAAAUCGAAGCGUAUGCUGACUUUGCCUUGGCUGUUAUCGAAGAGCAAUCUAACGCAAGCGAAAAACUGAAAGUGGCCAAGAUUCUUGCCGUCAUCGGUACAGAUUUUCCAAGGGAAAAAUGUCCGGUUGUCACUUGAAAUUGCCUCUACCAACUGCAAGAAAGAUCAAGCAAGUGGAGACAAUUGCAUAGUUGACGAAAGCAAAGAUUUUCAAGUUUGCAACAUUCAAAUCUGGGACCGAGCUUGGCUACAAGAAAAGCAGGUUACAGAUCUCAAUUGUCAGCCUAAGCGACCUAAGCUUAGCGGUAGAAAUCCUAAAAGCGAAGAUUUUGACGAGAGCCCGUUUGUCGGAUAUGCUCCACAUACAUUUCGACUCGGUGGCGAUGUAAAGUUGCCCAAAAAAGGUCCACGCGUUGGGGGAAGAAAUACCCAACAAAAUUUACCGUUGCUGGGUGCAUACUCCAAGGUAGAUCCAGCUGAUGUUACUAUUGUAGAAAUAGCAAACUUUGCAACAACCGUUGCUAGCAGUUCUUUUAAUGCCAAUUCCUCAAACUCUGCACCAUACACCUUGGCCAAAAUUCAUUCCGCUAAAAAGCAAGUUGUUGCCGGCAUCAACUAUAAACUGGAACUGGAAUUUACUCGACAUAAUGAAUCACUCUUUUGCAGAGUUAUUGUUUUAGAGCAGAGCUGGUUGUCGCUACGAGAGUUAACCAAUAUGACCUGUUUUCCGCAAGGAUUUCCCCCAAGCCAACGAAAAGCCAAAAACGCCCUCGGAGCCUACAGACCUGCGGCUGUGCACGACACGGCCGUCAAAGACGCUGCUACGUUCGCCGUGUCUGCCAUGUCUGAAGCCUCACCAAACGCUCCGUUCUCUCUCAUGAAAAUCAAGAACG